CCCACGAGAAAGAUAUACUGCUCCAGAGGAGAGAGAGGGAGAGAUAUAGAGAGCGGGGUUGGGGGUGCCGUGACCUGUCAGUUGGGCCUCUUUCACCCACCGCCUUCUCCUCCGCCCCCUCACACUUCACCCUCUCCACCCCACCCCCCACAUAUUUUUAUAUUCGGCGUCUGUCCUCUUCUUUGGACUUUGGAGCUCCACUGGUGGAACACCCGAGGGGAAGACCCCUUAUUAGAAUCGCACCCCACAAUUCAUUCUAUUCCCGCCCCCCUUCCUCUCUCUCUCUCUUAUCCCAGUGACUUGGUCCCGGGCCAAGUCUACUGGGAGUAUUUCUUGGAAUAAGAGGAAGAUUAUUUUAUAAUCCCUACAGUUGUUGGCUUAUGGAGUAGAAGUAGAAGGAGGGGGAGAGAGAGAGAGAGAGGAGUGUGGAAGAAGAGAUGCUGUGCCUGAAAGCGGAGGCGCUGGGGCAUGAAAUGUAUGCUUCCCAUGGCGUCAUCCUCCCUGUGAAUCUGGGAAGUUCCAUUCAGAAGGCGAUGCACAGGCGGGGUAGGAGAGAUGGUGGUGGAUCCCGUACCUCCGAUCCGUCGACUUCGCCCUCCGGCGACGGCUCCGCUAGCUGCUCUGGUCCAGAGGAUGAUAAGAGCAAUGACAGUGGAGGGGGAGGUGAGAAGGGUGGCAAGAUGUGCUGCUACAGGUCUCAGCUUGAGCAAGAAGUUCAAAAAUUGCAGAAGCAGCUUCAAGAAGAGAUUGAUCUGCAUGUGGCUUUGGCAAAUGCUGUAGCACAUAAUGCUGCUCCUUUAUUGAACUCUCCUUCCAAGCUUCCUGAUAAGGCUCAGGAGCUUCUGGCCAACAUUUCUGCACUGGAGAUCACAGUUUCAAAACUUGAAGAGGAGUUGGUUGCCUUGCAUAUUCGUCUUUAUCAUGAGAGGAAUGAGAGGCGCCUUGCUGAAACCCAUCUAGGAUGUUUACCAUCACUAUCACCAGAACAAACAUGUUCAACUUCUGGUUAUACAUGGGAGGAGCACAUUGCUUCCUUGAGAGUUUCGAAGUUUGGUGGAAGUCAGAUAUCUCAUUCACCGAGACAAGAUAAUUUAUCUGGCCAUGGAGAUCAACAGUUAACCCCAGUCAGCAGAUUGUUGGACAAAUACCCCGAGGAAGAGAUAAUGGCAUCAUGCAGUAGGUGUAAGGAAGGGAAAGAACACAAUGGCUCUCUUCAACCAUCUGAUGCAAUGGAUAUAAAGAAGAAUGUUGUAAAGAAGACCCAUUUGCAGAACCCAAAUCAGCUUUCGGAAGAAAUGGUGCGAUGCAUGAGAAAUAUUUUUCUUUGUCUAUCUGAAUCAUCAAACAUCCCUUUGUAUGCUUCUUCGGAGUGUUUGCCUUCUUCAUCUUCACCAGUUGGGCACCUAUCCCGUUCUUCGUUGACAUCUUUCUCAGAUUCAUCCUUAAUGCCCUCAGUUUUACGAAGUCCUUCAGCUGAGUUACAGCGCAAUGAUGACGUAAUGGAUCAAGCAAAUAUGUUUGAUCCUUAUAGGGUUAAUGGGAAGGUGAAUUGGAGAAAUAUUGGAAGUUAUGGCAUGGCAGCUGAAGUGUCAUGGAUGUCUGUUGGAAAGAGACAGCUAGAAUAUGCUGCUGAGGCUCUCAAAAAGUUCAGGUUUUUUGUGGAGCAAUUAGCGGAAGUGAACCCAGCUUGUUUGAGCCACAAUGAGAAGCUGGCAUUUUGGAUCAACCUUUAUAAUGCCUUGAUAAUGCAUGCAUAUUUAGCGUAUGGAGUUCCUAGAAGCGACAUCAAGCUUUUUUCGCUAAUGCAGAAGGUAUCUUACACGAUAGGUGGCCAGUCAUUUAGUGCAGCUGACAUUGAAUUUGUCAUUUUAAAGAUGAAGCCUCCAGCAUUUCGUCCACAACUAGCUUUGAUUUUGGCUCUUCAUAAAUUUAAAAUUUCUGAGGAGCACAGGAAGUAUUCGGUUAACAGCCCUGAGCCUCUGGCAGUAUUUGCCCUUAGUUGUGGGAUGUAUUCUUCACCUGCAGUAAGAAUCUUCACAGCUGACAAUGUUCAUGCAGAACUUCAAGAGUCAAUGAGGGACUAUAUCCGAGCAUCGAUAGGCUUGAGUGAUAAAGGGAAGCUGCUAGUGCCAAAGUUACUGCAAUGUUUUGCAAAGGGUGUUGUGGAGGAUUCUCUGCUGGUAGACUGGAUAUGUCGCUACCUUACCCCUGACCAAGUCACUGUUGUUCGGGAUUCUGCAUCACAGCGGAAACAAAGACUCCUUGGUGUUCGGAGUUUUAGCCUCAUCCCAUUUGAUUCAAGGUUUCGGUACCUUUUCUUGCCUGACAGCAAAAGCUCCCAGAGCUCUUCCAAAGGUGGGUCUGUUUGAGCAGAUUUUGAAGUGGCGAAGAUCUGGAAUCUGAGGAAUUAGGUUACAAAUUGGCAAGGAUAUUCUCAUCCAUUGGAGGUACAUACUAAGAUUCCUAUGAAUAGUCAUUCUCAUGCUGACACACGCAUGAACAAAUGAUGAAGAGCAAUAUGUUACAAUGGUGCAGCCGAUGAGAAUUCCCCUCCUUGUAAAUAAGUUGUAAAUGCUAGGUGUGCAACAAUUACAGAAGGCAACUCCUGUGUUUAGCUAUGUGAUAUUCCAGCGCUGAAAAUAAUUAUCAGCCAAGCUACAGGAGGUAUGAAUACUUUCGCUGGAAGAGUUUCUGCACAAGCAAUUGAUUCGAUAUACUUCAAUCCAUGAACAGAUAGAUGCCUUCACGUAGUCUUUUUGUUGCUCAUAUACGUCUGUACUCCACAAUUGACGCUCGGUAUUUGUUGUAAAAUAAUUAAUUUGUGGAACCUUUGCAUCCAAUAAAAAGGGUAAUAAGAUAUAUAAUGCGAAAAGUCUCUGAAACUCUUGCA